AUGGGCACAGUGAGAACCUUAAUUUCUUGUGCCACUAACUUUGGUUGGGCUUUGCAUCAGUUACAUGUAAAGAAUGCAUUCCUGCAUGGUGAUUUACAUGAGGAAGUUUACAUGGAGAUUCCACCUGGUUUCUCAAAGCCCGAGACAUCAAGAAAGGUAUGCAAGUUAAGGAAGUCUUUGUAUGGCCUCAAACAGUCUCCACGAGCAUGGUUUGAUAGAUUCAGACGUGCUGUGUGCAAUAUGGGAUAUAAACAGUGCAAUGGGGAUCAUACAAUAUUCUACCAGCACUCAAAUUGUCAGAUUACAAUCCUUGCGGUGUAUGUGGAUGAUAUUAUAAUCACCGGAGAUGAUGAUGUGGAAAUAUCACGACUGAAGAAGAGCCUGAGCAAGGAGUUUGAGGUAAAGGAUUUAGGCCAACUGAAGUACUUUCUUGGUAUAGAAAUUGCUAGAUCCCCUAAAGGAAUUGUUCUGUCACAACGGAAGUACGCUCUCGACUUGCUUAGUGAUACAAGCAUGCUUGGGUGUAGGCCUGCUUCAACACCUAUUGACCAGAAUCAUAAGUUAUGUGCUGAAUCUGGGGAACCGGUGGAUAAGGAGAAGUACCAGAGACUUGUUGGAAGGCUCAUCUACCUAUGUCAUACACGACCCGAUAUCUCAUAUGCAGUGAGUGUGGUGAGCAGAUACAUGCAUGAUCCUAGGAGUGGACACUUAGAGGCUGUCUAUCGAAUCCUCCGAUAUCUGAAGGGUAAUCCAGGAAGGGGGCUAUGGUUUAAGAAGAAUGGGCAUCUUAAUAUAGAUGGAUACUGUGAUGCAGACUGGGGAAGUUGUUUGGAUGACAGAAGAUCAACUUCUGGUUAUUGUGUGUUUGUUGGGGGAAACUGGGUGUCAUGGCGAAGUAAGAAGCAGCCAGUGGUGUCCAAAUCAACAGCUGAAGCUGAAUAUAGAGCUAUUUCACAAGGCUUGAGUGAGAUGUUAUGGGUAAGAAAUCUUCUCUCUGAGUUAAAGGUAAUAAGGAAGGAUCCCCUAAGGUUAUGGUGUGAUAAUAAAUCAGCUAUCAGCAUUGCUAAUAAUCCAGUUCAGCAUGACAGAACCAAGCAUGUCGAGAUAGACCGCUUCUUCAUCAAGGAGAAGUUAGAUGAUGGCAUAAUCAGGAUAAGUUAUGUGAGCUCUAUAGAACAAGUGGCUGAUUGUUUAACUAAGGGUUUAAGUGUCAAGGAGUGUAAUUCUGCGUGUGACAAGAUGGGAAUGAUAGAUAUCUAUCACCCAUCUUGA